AAGCCCUCGGUUUGUUUGGCGGGAAGUUGGCUUAGUUGGGCUACCUGUUGCCCACCUGCUUCCUGUCUUGCUCCUCCUCCGAGGUCACUCAAGCCUCCUUUCACGAUCUACCUAUAGGGCUCCUUGUAGCCCUUCGCCUGGAAGACAGAAUGGCUCCCAGGAAACGCCCUGAAACCCAGAAGACCCCAGAAGUUGCAACGCGCAAGAGCAAGAGGAGCAGAAGUCCUCAGGAGCUGGAGCAAGAGGCCAAGAAGCUGUUCGUGAAGGACUCCGGUUCUAACAGAAGAAAUGACUCAGGCUGUCUUUGGGCAGGAUUGGCCAGCCACCAGAGCCCGCCACCACACAACAACAUCGUCAGGGCCCUCCACCGACAGAAGCUGGGCAAAGCUGCCAGCCCAACCCUGCAGCAGAGUCUCCAACAGGCCUUUUUACACUCUCUGGCUUCUUACCGGAUAUUCCAAAAGGCCGCCCCGUUUGACAGGAGGGCCACAUCCUUGGCAUGGCACCCAACUCACCCCAGCACCCUGGCUGUGGGCUCCAAAGGGGGCGAUAUCUUGCUCUGGAACUUUACGACAACAGACAAACCCACCUUCAUUAAAGGGAUUGGAGCUGGAGGGAGCAUCACAGGGCUGAAGUUUAACCCUCUCAAUACCAACCAGUUUUUUACCUCCUCAAUGGAGGGAACAACUAGGCUGCAAGACUUUAAAGGCAAUACUCUCCGAGUUUUUUCCAGCUCAGGCACCUGCAACGUCUGGUUCUGCAGCCUGGACGUGUCUGCCAGAAGCCGUGUGGUGGUCACAGGUGAUAACGCAGGGCAGGUGAUCCUGCUGAACAUGGACGGCAAGGAGCUUUGGAAUUUCAGACUACACAAAAAGAAAGUGACCCACAUAUCCCUGAACCCGUGCUGUGAUUGGCUCAUGGCCACAGCCUCCGUAGAUCAAACAGUGAAAAUCUGGGACCUGCGCCAGGUUAGAGGGAAAUCCAGCUUCCUGUCCUCGCUGCCACACAGGCAUCCUGUCAACGCAGCAUGUUUCAGUCCUGAUGGAGCCCGGCUCCUGACCACUGACCAGAACAGCGAGAUCCGGGUUUACUCGACUUCCCACUGGGACUGCCCCUUGGGCUUGAUCUCACACCCUCACCGCCACUUCCAGCAUCUCACACCCAUCAAGGCAACUUGGCAUCCUCGGUACAACCUCAUCGCCGUGGGCCGGUACCCAGAUCCUAAUUUCAAAAGCAGUACGCCCCAUGAAUUAAGGACAGUCGAUGUGUUUGAUGGAAGCUCAGGGAAGAUGAUGUGUCAACUCUAUGACCCAGAAUAUUCUGGUAUCAUUUCGCUUAAUGAAUUUAAUCCUAUGGGGGACACGCUGGCCUCUGUGAUGGGUUAUCACAUUCUCAUUUGGAACCAGGAGGAAACAGGGACACAGAAGCAAGAGACAUUAGCAAAGGUGUCGGUCAAGACAGGGCUUGGAGCCAGAGAUGGGAACAGGCCCUUAGGGAUACGGAGGAGGCAAAUCCAGGCUGGAGAAUGCCAGUGUCCAACGGAGUACUCGGUAAACAGCAGGCACGUGAAUGCCGAGCGACGGGUGCUGGGGGCCUAG